AUGGACGUCAAGACAGUCAAGGCUAUGGUACACAAUGUGCCAAAUCUAUAGAACCAAUUAAACCUCCAUAAAUUAUCAACAUAUAAAGGUUCUAAAUUCAGAAACUAUGUUAUCUUUUUGACUUGUAUUCCAUUGGUAGCAAUGGGUGACCUUAAUGGUGGAAUUUCAAAGCUUGGAUUCACUAGUCACACCCCUUCUGAAGAAUUCAAGGUUAGGCCAGACUAUGUCACCGAUACUGUACUAGUUGCUCAUAGACAGGACGUUCCAGAGUUCAAAUAUAUCUGA